CCGACUAGAGUGACCACCAACUUGUGCAUAUAGGCCCAUAACUGCAAGCCAACGCACCAACAUUCGCUCACUACUUACGAACCUUUAUGCGCCUGCCUUACAGACAGUUUAUCCACCACGUAUAUGCCAGACGCGCCAACCCGCAUGACGGCUGCGCUGCUUACAUCAACAGAAACCACUGAAAGAUCGGAUAUCAGACAUCUGCGUUAAUCGAGUAACGUGUGACUUAGACGAGUUUGGCGACAAGGGGUUGACAACCAUCUUGAACAACGUUGGAAUUGUUCUGUCAAAUCAUUUGCUAUUACCGAACUUGGGAAGCAGCUAGUGCACACACACCACUUCACGAUUACCAAACGACAACCUCAAACGAGAUCGAAAGCGAAGAGAAAACGCAUACUUCAGCACACGACUACGAACUCGGACACUUGCUCGUUGCUUUACAAAGAAGGAACGGAAUCUCCUGAUACUCCUCUCAUUCGGUAGCAGGAAUUACAUUUUGGGCUCUUGUGGGUCACCACCUGUGAACGUAUCUCCACGGAAACCUUUUUGGACGACUUCGUGUCCAGGGCACGGCCUUGUCAACGAGCAUUUUGGUUGUUGGUUCAAUUUGAAUUGCGGUACCUAUACGUCGUGAUUUCAGGUCGUAUAUUUCAUUCGCUCAAGAGAAACACGAGAAGAACUUGCCGAAGAAGCGGACAAUAACGACACUGGCGUCGGAUUCAUCUUCACGCCCAGCAAGUUAAAUAUUCCGGCACACACGGCCUUUUGCUCAGAUCACAUUCCUUCUCUUCACACCGAGCCAGGCCUCAGACGGUUUUGGCCACUCGCCAUAACCACGCACUUGUGGCUCGCCCACCGGAGCAGAGCGCCGCCGCACACGCAACAUAGCAGACAGCUCCAGGCUAUCCGGACUUUCGGUGUCCAGCUCCCUAUCAUUCAUAACUUUACUCUCUUUCCCACCCAGGUAUAUCCCUUCACACUUUCUCCCCCGCUCUUUACCUCCUACAGCCAGAUACUCUUCCGGUCCAUAGCGGGAGGCGAAUCCAUCCACGAGGACAACCACCUUAUAAGAACAAGUUCCAAGGUGCACGACCAUCGUCCGCCCGCAAAACUUUGUGCUUUGAUCUUUCCGUCCAGGAGCACCAACGACCAAAGGAGCAACGACCCGAAGCGCAAAGGCAGUUUGACGUUUGUUGUAUGGAACUCUUUCAAAUCAUGGCUGAAGACCCAGAGAGGCCUCGUCCAUUUUUGUGUGACUGGCAGGGUUGCGGCAAGCGUUUCAACAGAAAGUCGGAUCUUCAGAGACACCACCGCAUUCACACAAACGAACGGCCAUACGGAUGCAACUGGCAAGAUUGUGGAAAGCGCUUCAUCCAGCGCAGUGCCCUCACCGUACACCUUCGAACGCACACAGGCGAAAAGCCUCACCAAUGCGAAGUUCCUGAAUGCAGAAAGCCAUUCGCCGACUCCUCGAGUUUGGCCAGACAUCGUCGUAUCCAUAGGGGAGAAAAGCCAUACCGUUGCCAAGAUGUCGGCUGUAACAAAGCUUUCUGCAGAAAAACGACCAGAGACAAGCACCAUACCAACUCCCAUCGGGGUGGUAUCAAUCGCUCCAUGACGCCCAGGCAGCAACUACACCCUAGCUUCGGCUCUGGGUUCGAUCAGUUCCACAUGUCGGCACCGCCCGAGCUUACAGCCAGCACCGAUAGUAGCCCGGCUGAUAGCACUGCUUACUCGCCUGCUGCUUUGGAAGGUGAUUGGUCCAACCAGAAUUUCAACAACUAUACGCACCUGCCAAACUUGCAGGAAGCGUCGAUCGCCCUUCAGAACCAGAUCAGGUCGCAGCAGAUACCACAGCUCAUGUCCUAUAUGCCAUCAAGGGUGGUGCCUUCCUACUCUGCGCCUCCCCCAAAUAUGAUAACCCCACAGAUGCCGCAGCAGGGCAGCUUCAGCAGCUACUCACCUUCGCCUGUAGAGUCCGCUCAACAACAGCCAUGGGCGACAGGUUUCCAAAACAGCCAGCGCCAGUAUCCGCGUGUGCUGACCUCCAACGAUACCGCUCCCAGGAUGUUCUCACCCUAUCCGGCGCCACCCAACAUGCUGGCCGGCCAGAAUGACUUUAACAGUCAAUAUCCGCCGCCUCAACAGCAGCAAUCAUGGGGCAUGCCUCAGAACCAGGGCCAGCAGGAUCAGCGUCAGUACUCACUGCCUUCUCCGUCGCAGCCCUUGACGCCGGUACCAGUCUCUGCCGGUACUGGAACCAUGCAGCCACUGCAGCCCAUGCCGGGCCAUAUCUAUGGUACGAGACUUGUCGGUGAUGAUCUCAAUGACCACUUUUUCAAGGUCGAAACGACUGCCGACGAUAACAAUCCGGGAAUGACGCUGCCAGAUGCGAGGUUUGCUGGCUUGUAAAAAAAGAACAAAAAAAAGGAAGAAAAAACGCGGUCAGUUCAUCAAUUGGUGAACUCGGCUUGCGGUUGCCUUUUUCUCUUUCCCUGGACUCCCGGAGUUUGUUCGUACGGUUUUUUUUUUCCACUGCUCUUCCUUCCCUUCGUUGUCUUUUUAAUCAUUCGGGCAUGGGAUUUGGUGGGUUUUUUUGCAUAUGAGAUACCUGAAAGUUUCAAAACACGCACGCACGCACAUACACACACACACACACACACACACUUGUUUGCAUAAUGGAAGCCCUGGGAAGGAGUGUUGCUUUUGGUUGUGCUUGGCUUGGUGGAUGGUUGGUCCUUAUCCUUCGCUUCUUUGUAAUUUUCCUUGUCUGUUAUAAUUAGUGGUUCACGUUGGCUUGAGAUUGAUAUUGUAUGUAUAUCAAGGGCAUGGCAUGACAUGACAAGACCAUGAUGGGCUAUGGAAAUGUAAGAUGGAAGGAUCAAUUGGAUGGAAGCAACGGGGGCGGGAAAGGGAAAGGGAUAGUUGGUAGAGAUAAUGCGACUCGG